UUUUAAAUUUACAGCUGACCAAUGAAAUAUGCGCAGGCAAUCCUUACAGCUGCGCCAAUGUUUCUGUGGGUUCUUGGUAGCGCUAACGAUCAUUCUCAUCACCAACCCCUAUCUCAUAGGCGACGUCAACCAAAUUCAACAGCCCCAUCAUCGGCGGCAGCAGCAGCGGCAGCAUGUCUCUGAGCAAAAGGACAGAGUCCGACACAUCCCAGCGGUGCCCAAAAAAUCAGCGGUGGUUUGUGUGUCGUGCCAAGAGCCCGGUCCUCGCCGACUUGUGGCAGACGUCGAUUGUCGGCGAAUCAUCGAAGGCGAUGAAAAUUAUAUUAAAAACGUCAGCAAGUUGAUGAAAAACAAGAAAUUUAAGUUUAAAAGUGAUGCAGAAAUAGCCGACAUUGCUAAAAACUGCGAUAAAUUUGUAAGGCACUAUGACUACCGGAAUUUCUACGUAACAAGAGAGGAAUUGGAUUUUCCUAUUGCAUACAGUCUGUUAACUUUCAAAGAUGCUAUACAAACUGAACUUCUUCUUCGAUCAAUAUAUAGACCCCACAAUGUUUACUGUAUUCAUAUAGAUAAAAGUGCCGAUCAAUCGCUACAUAGGGCAAUGAAAAAUAUUGCAAACUGCCUCCAAAAUGUGUUCAUUGCCUCCAAGCUUGAGGACGUUGUCUAUGGAGAUAUAAGUCGUCUGCGAGCGGAUAUCAACUGUAUGUCUGACUUGAUGGACUUUCAUUCUGUGCAAUGGAAAUAUUUUAUCAAUUUACCGCAUCAGCAAUAUCCACUGAAGACAAAUUCGGAAAUUGUGAAAAUUUUAAAAAUAUAUAAUGGUGCUAAUGAUGUUGAGGGCAUUACGAAACCCUCAAGAAUGUUCCGAAUUCGCUACCUAAAAUCCUAUAGAGUAGAAAAAGGCAAGUUACACAAUACUGGUAAAGCCAAGGGUCCACCGCCUCACAACAUCAGUGUGGUAAAAGGGAGCGCAUACGGGACAUUUAGUCGGGCUUUCGUUAAUUUCACACUUCAUGAUAAAAUGGCGAAAGACGUUUUACAAUGGUGCGAGGAUGUGUCCAGUCCCGAUGAAUAUUUCUGGGCCACUCUGAAUUUUAACAAGAAGAUCGAAGCUCCAGGUGGAUAUCCAGCUGUUCCUGACCAGAAGCCUUGGCUGUCUACCUUUGCUGCUUGGGGUGGUGUGCACCCCUGCCACGGAAAGUAUGUCCGGGGGGUAUGCGUGUUCGGCCUGGGGGACCUGACUGAGCUCGUGUCAAGAAAGGAACUGUUUGUCAACAAGUUUUAUUACUACUACCAGCCGUAUGCUCUUCAGUGUCUAGAGGAAUGGCACUUCAACAAUACCUUCAGUGUGUUACCAUUCAAAACUCAUUACUAUAAAACACUACCGUUCAUUAUUAGAUAGGUUUUUAGAAAAUUGGUUGAAUAUAUACUGUAUAUGUACAAUGUGUUUUUAUUCAUACCCUGGGUUGUUAAGUUGUUUAUUAAUGAUUACAUGAAAUGUAAUGCAGUAAAAAUAUUGCGUGAUAAAAGACACUGGUAUUUGA